AUGGGUCCUGUUUGGCUUCUUCUUCUGCUCCCCCCUCUCCUCAGAGCCCAGGUGACUCCAGACUUCACCUCAGGAGUCCUGGUGGAGGCAGACAACACCACUGACUCUUUAAUCAACAGCACAGGAACUUCAGACACCUCCACCCUCCCCUCCACCUCUCUCACACCCCCACCGCCUUCUGGGUUUGCAGCCACACCUUCAGAAGCUCCCACAGAGCAGGAGGAUGACUGGUCACCAGCCGAGACCUUCAUGUACACCGGAGACCCUUCCACUCUGGAGGAGGCUCGCUGCUCACGGGCGUACAGCUCACCGGGGCAGACCGGGUCCCUGCCCCCCAGCUUCAACGCCCCCCUCCGUCCGGCUCUGGACGCACUUGCCAGCACUGCCAACUUCCUCAACAUGAUCUUCCAGGCCAGCGACCUGCGGGAGAGCACGGUGCAGGAGGACAUGGAGUGGUACCACGCCCUGGUCCGUGCCCUCCUGGAGGCCAACAUUCUCAUCCAGCGGGCCCUGCUCACCUUCGACGCUGACCCCACCGCCUCAGUGCCACAGCUGGUGCUCCGCGCCACCCGCAACCCCGCGGCCAAGGUGCAGACCAUCAUCCUUCAGGACUUAUCCAAGGCCUGGGAGAGCCUGCACCCGCCUGCCCCGGCCCCCGACGACAGCUGGUUCACAAGCUUUAAAUUCCCAGAGUCCAACCAGCCGGUGGCAGCCCUGUCCAAGCGGGUGCUCCUCAAUGACCUCAGCACCUUGGACACGCCCAAGUGGGGGCAGGGUGACAGUUACGUGACCAAUCGCAGCGGGGUGCGCUGGGGCAGCGCCCCCUUUCUGGACUGUAAGGACGGACGCUUUGUGCCAGGAUGGAUCCUCACGCUGUCCACGUCUUUCUACGGCCUCAAGCCCGACCUGACACCUGAGUUCAGAGGUGUGAUCCGUGUGGACGUCAACAUUCAAGACAUCGACUUAAACCAGUGUACAACAGGAGACAGCUGGUUUGCUGAUACACAUCAAUGCAACCGCACCACCAUGGAGUGCAUGCCAAUUCCAGGCCGGGGCUUUCGACUGGGUCAGUACUGCUGCCGCUGUAAAGAGGGCUACUACAACCCUGAUAUAGCCCCUGAGGACGCAGAUGGCGGCCCCGUGAACGGGACUGAAGGUGGCGGUAUGUGUUACCCGAACAUGCCCAUCUGUCUCCCGUGCUGGCCGGGCUGUAAGAGCUGUCAGGACGGCGCCCCCUGCUGGGUGCAGGAGGACUGGCUCCUCAGGGCCGCCGUUUUGGCCAUCCAGGGGGUCUUCAUGCUCCUCAUCUUCGUCAGCAUGCUGGCGGCCUACAGGCAUCGUCGGAACCGGAGGAUCCGGGCGUCCGGCCUCCUGCUGCUGGAGACGAUCCUGUUCGGCUCUCUGCUCCUCUACUUCCCGGUGUUCAUCAUGUACUUCAAGCCGAGCACCUUCAGGUGUAUCCUGCUGCGCUGGGUCCGGAUGCUCGGCUUCUCCAUCGUCUACGGCACCGUCACUCUGAAAAUGUACAGGGUGCUGAAGGUGUUCCUCUCUCGCACGGCCCAGAGAGUGCCCUACAUGUCCAGCCUGCACUUGCUGAGGAUUCUGGGAGUGAUGCUGAUGACGGUCAGCUGGUUCCUGUGCGCGUGGACGGUGGGCGUCCUCCAGAACCGCGACAGGAACAUCCCCGUGUUCGUCACCACCACCACGUCUGACGGACAGGGCUUCAACCUGUGCUACCUGGACCGCUGGGACUACAUGAUGGCCGUGGCUGAGCUCCUGUUCCUGUGCUGGGGCAGCUCCCUGUGGACCGCCGUCAGGCCCGUCCCCUCGGCCUUCCACGAACCUCGCUACAUGGGCAUCGCCAUCCACAACGAGCUGCUCCUCUCCUCCAUGUUCCACCUGUUCCGGUUCACCUUUCCCUCUCUGCAUCCUGAUUGGAUGUUGCUGCUCUCCUUCACGCACACCCACGUCACCAUCACGGUGACGCUCGCCCUGCUCUUCAUCCCCAAGUUUCUCCAUGUGUCUAAGCCUGGGAGGGAGGAGAUUGCGGCAGAGGUGUACGAAGACGAAGUGGACUUGCGGCGCUCGGGCUCGUACCUCAACAGCAGUUUUCACUCAGCUUGGAGUGAGCACAGUGUGGACCCGGAUGACUUUCGGGAUGAACUGAAGAAGUUAUAUACCCAGUUAGAAGUCCACAAGACGAAGAAGAUGACCGCAAACAACCCUCAUCUGUCAAAGAAGCGAAGUUCUCGCUGUACACUGGGGAGGUCUAUUAUCAGACGCAUUGCUGAGAUCCCAGAAACCAUGAGCCGUCAGUGCAGCCGUGAAGAGAAAGACGGAUCCUUCCGCAGUAGAAGUGUGAAUAUGUCCGACUCUUUCAGGCGGACGCCAGAUACCAUCAGUAUCAGUUACAAGAGUUCAAUGAAAUCCCGAACACCAUCACCAAGCAUGCGCAAGUCCCAGAGUGAUCAUCACUAUGUCAGGGAAAGAGACUCUUCGUUGCGUGACUCCAUGUUGAAGGCAAACGCUGUGAAGAGAUCCUCUCAGCGGUCGGAGACGGACUCCUUGGAUAUUCCACCGGGGGUCUGUAAGUCAGCCAGUGCCCAGAAUCUGACAAUUGAUACCAAUCUCCUGCAUCCUGAUCACACCAGGCUUCAUAAGUCCUGGAGUCUCACCUCCACGACCACCCACUCUAUGGAAAACAUACCUAAAGUUAACAGAGCCAGCACAGUGCUGACGAGGUCCAGGCAGAGCAUUUCCAUCAGCGACCAGACCAGGAGCGCUCUCCAGUCAGAGUCAUUCGACAAGGCCGAGGUCUGUCCUUGGGAGGUGGAGCAGGAACCAUCAGGCGACAAGAACCAGAAGCAUGUCACCUACGCAAACUCUGAGGAUGGUGAGGAAAAAAGGCCGCCAUCUCCACAGGCGCUUAUCUGUCCCUGGGACCAUUUACCACCCGUAGAAAGGACUCCUUCUGAGGACAAAGGACUACAAGGUGAAACCGAGUCGCCCAAACCGCAAGCUCCCGUGUCUGCGAGCGCACCGGGCUCUCCGAGACCGAAGAUCACAAAGGAUCAACGUGUCUUCUCCUUCCGCACCACCAGCAGCAAGUGGCUCUCGGUGAAAUCAAUCAUGGGAUCCAUGGAUGCAGGAAGCAGAUCCAGUAAGGAGGGGAAUUUAAACAGAGAGGAUUCUGUCUCACAAAAAAGUCAGGAAAGUGCUUCCACAACACCAAGAUCAGGGAGAUCUAGUAGACGUCCAAGCGUGGAGAAGAGGUCGCUGCAGAAAAGAAGUAUGACGACAAUAGACGGAAAACCAUGCCUUGUGAAGCAGAACGCAAUCAGACUGUCCUCUACGGAUUCCUCGGACAGAAGCCCAAGAAGGCUUGUGAUCGUAAAAUCUGCCGUCUACCCAUGGGACGUGGACGAUGACAAGGCUGAAGUUGUAUAUGAAAACCUUAAUCCUACAGAGACCAAGGGAGCGCUGGGGGUGCCACUUCGACAGGAGGUCAUGAAACCUGCCAUCUAUCCUGGUGCAUCAAAAGAAAUGCCAAGUAGUGAGCAACAAUAUGCAAAAUCACCUGCCCUUAACUGGGGUAAACAAGUGAACAGGACAGUAGAAAGUUGUCCAUGGGAGUUCCCUGAUCCUCCAAAAAUCACGGAAAACAUUUGUCCAUGGGAAGAGGGAAGCAAAGAGCCAACAAAUACAGACCCAACUUCACAAAUGACCAUCAAGGUAGAUGUUUGUCCCUGGGAAACUGGAAAUCAAGACAAACCCGAAGACUCACAAGGAGGUGUCUCGCCUUUGAAAGCUGUGUCGGUACAGUCUGAAGGGAAGGACAACACAAGAGUAAACGUAUGCCCCUGGGAAACUGAAGCUACCAAGACGGUGUCAGCAGAUGUUUGUCCGUGGGAAACCGGGGAACCAGAAACAGGAAAGCCGGAGACCCCGAAAAUAUCUGACAGUCAUAUGAGGCAAGACACAGCUCGGGAAAAUGUUUGUCCAUGGGAGUCGGAUGAAGCAGGGGCAGUCAAAUCUGAAAUCUCAAAAUCAGAGGAACUGCAAAGACAGGGGAAUUCCCGCGAAAGUGUCUGUCCAUGGGAAACAGACGCUCCGAAAGUUCUUCAAAAACAAGACAGCGCUCGGGCAGAUGUUUGUCCGUGGGAGACUGAAGAACCAAAAGUUCUGAAGAAGCAAGACGGUAGUUGGGCAGAUGUUUGUCCAUGGGAAACAGAGGAACCAAAAGUUCUCCAGAAGCAAGAUAGCGCUCGGGCAGACGUUUGUCCGUGGGAGACCGAAGAACCAGGAGUCCAAGACAGUACGGGAACAGAUGUUUAUUUGACAGAUCCACAAACGUCAAGCGAAGGCAGACUCGAAAUUCCCAACAGUGAGCAAGAACUCGUCGCAGAAAACCAGGACCCGCGAAGUGUAGAAGAGUUUCCGGCUGACAUCAGCACAGAGGACAUAGAUGAGACUAAAGCGAACUUAGCCCUGGGCCGGCGUGACGCUAUGUGUCCCUGGGAGAUGGUGAGGAGCAGAUCGGGUUCCUUCACAGACAAUGCCUCGGACGUUUUUACAUGGGAGCCUGAGAAUAUUCCAGAGGAGGAUGAAGAGGACGAUGCAGAAUGUGCCGCUGAGGCUCUUGUAUUCCCACCCGACUUGUGACCUGAAUCUAACCAAUCGUUUAUUUGACCCACCCCCCUGCUGAAUCAAGGGGAAUGAGAACUCUAUUGAACCAUUUUGGCAGUACCCUGGGCUCAGGGAGGUCAGAGUGCAGGGGCAGCUCCAGGAACAGCUCCCUUUGCAGCUGAAAGCCCCUUUCUGAUGGACAAGUACUGGAGUUAAUGAAACAUAAAACACAGGGUUGUUUUAUUUUAGGUUGGACCACGACACAGUCCAACUAAAACACCUGUAGUAGAGACUUGAUGAGCUGGACACUUUGAGUUGUGCAACCCUGACUGAAAAGCACAUGUUGCAGACUCUUUACGUCCGUCGUUGAUCCAGCUGUGACCU